AAGGAAUGAAAGAAUGAGCAGUGCCGUGCAGAAGAAGACUGGAAACCUAAGUGCAAAUGUUGGCGUUAGACAGGCAAAGGCUUGCAAAGAAGCUGUAAUAUUAGAUACUGAGCCCGUUACUGAAGAAACCAUUAUUAAGAAAGGAUAUGCUUCGCCGGAAGACGUACUGAGACUUCCUAAAAUAACAGAAAAUUACUUGUGUUCUCCAGAGGCAAAUAUCUAUGACAUAGACUUUACUCGGUUCAAGAUAAGAGAUCUGGAAACUGGAACUGUGUUGUUUGAAAUUGCAAAACCACCAGCUGCAGAUGUUGAAGAUGCUGAUUCUGAUCCUGAACGAGAGGAGUCUGAUCCAAAUGCCGGUAGAUUUGUUCGUUACCAGUUUACACCCCAGUUCCUUAAGCUAAAGACUGUGGGAGCAACAGUUGAGUUUACUGUUGGAAAUAAACCAGUCAGUAAAUUCCGGAUGAUUGAAAGGCAUUUCUUCAGAGAUAAACUGUUAAAGAGUUUUGAUUUUGAAUUUGGUUUCUGCAUACCUAACAGCAAGAAUACGUGUGAACACAUUUAUGAAUUUCCAACGUUGCCACCAGAGCUAGUGAAGGAGAUGAUUGCUCACCCGUUUGAGACCCGUUCAGACAGUUUCUAUUUUGUAGAUGACUGUCUAAUAAUGCAUAAUAAAGCUGACUAUGCUUACGAUGGUGGGCUUCAGCAGUGAACAACAUUCACUUGGAUGGCUGUUUUCUACAUUCCAUUAAUUUUUCUUCACUUAACUAUUUUAUAUAUUUUUUUAAAAAAAUUUUAAACUGACAAGCAUUCCAUUGAUUUUUUGUUUUUUUACUUGGAAUAUUUAUUUUUUGUUAUAAAUUAUUAAGACAUAUUGGAUUUAUUAAUCCAAAUAAAAAUAUGUUUUUACUUGAAUUUUAUUUUUCCAUUUAUGAUACUAUUUUCGAUGUUUUUUCUCUUUUCAUUUCCCUACUGUACAUAAGAGAAUUUUGUUUGUACUGCCCGCUUGCCUCAGUUUCUUUUUGUGACUGCCCAAAGUGUUAAUAAAUUCAGUUAAUCAUUUUAUAUAAUUUGCAUGUUUUAAAAUUGAGGCAAGAGAACUGUGCUAUCCUUCAUCUUAUCAGUGAGGCAUGCAAAAUAAUCUGAAGGGAUCAAGAGAAACAUUUGUCGUCUUAUAUUGAGUUGUAUUUUGGAAUGAAAAGGGAGUCUGAUGAAGACUAUGCUGUGGAUUGUGAUAUAUGUGAAAUGACAGUAAUUAUAAAAAAGUGAGGCAAUUAAUGACUCGAGCUGCACAUGAUUGUUGUUAAGAAUAUGUAGGACACCUCGGACAGGAUCCCCUGUUGGUGUGGCUUUUUCAUCCAUUGCGGUAUAGGGAACAUUAUAGAUUUUUGUGUCAAAAGUAUACGACAUUAUCAGCUGUUAAAUCUCAUGUACAUGUAUGUCUACUAAUUACUGCCGUAUCAUAUAAAUAAUGGUCCUGCCACUGGAAAUAUUAUCACAUAAGCUAUCAGCGAAAAAACUGUAGGUAACACAGGGAUAGGAAAAUCAAAGACAGAAGAAAGCCUGAGAAAGAAAGCUACGAGGAAACCAUAUAAUAGUUCAGGAAUUAGGGCACAAGGCCUCUAAGAGUUUGCAGUGAAAACCUAGGAUGUAACUUAUAAUUUGUAACAUAAUUGUGAGGAAGGGUCACAAAGUGUAGCAUAUGUGUGUGUGUGUGUGUGUGUGUGUGUGUGUGUGUGUGUGUGUGUGUGUGUGUGUGUGUGUGUCUUGGUUGUGCCUGUGCUGGUUCCUUUUGCCUUAAAAUGAAGGAAAGGCAAUUGUGUUACAGUCCUGCUUUGCUGUUGCCGCCACCAGGACAUAGAUUCCUCAGGCUUUUAUGCUUUGUGCAGUCUUUCUUACAAUGUUUGCUCUUCAUUAUCAUUUAAAGGUAAUCUAGGUUGUGAAGAUCAGACAGUCCUGCACCACUCACAGCAUGAUGAAUGGUAUGGCGUAAUCCACACACAUUUAAAGAAAGUGUACCAUUAUUUUUUAAUUGAUUUUUGUCAUUUUUUCUUUAUUUUCCUAAAAACAGACUUUUGUCUUAUCUAACAUAUGGAGGAAUGAUUAGGUUACAUUUUAUUUGACAAUAACUAAUUUAUUCUAAACUGCAGUGUAUCAUUUGUAGGAACUAUGAUACAACUCUAUGAAGGGAAGUGUACUUCAACCUCUGUGUUCCAUAUCCUGAAUAUCUGAAUUGUGUGAACUUCAUUUCAGUGAGAACGAUGAGAGACAAGUGCGGGUAGGUUAUUUGUUUGUGAAACUACACGAAUGUGUUUACUUUGAAAUUCAUAGUUGCAAUUUAUUAUUGCCCAAAUGAUUUUCUUUUAGUUUUUUGUUGGUUUCACUUUCUCAUAUUAUUUUAAGCACAUGAAUGUCAAAUUUUACCAAAAAUUUCCAAAUAUGUUGCCUUUCUUAAACUAUUAUAUUUUACACCCUAAAAAAUAAACAUGAACUUUUGAUUCCAAUGAAAUAUUGGAAACUGCCAGUUUAUCUGUCGUUAUUGAUUAAAACACUUUACCUGUUCGUGGAAAAAAAUGACAAUUUUAUCUAUUGCAUAGAAUUUUUAGCGAACGUCUUUUUUCUUCAGAAGAAAGCACUAUUUUAUUUGCCUUCAUUUCAGUGCAAAGGAACCAUUUACACACAGAUAACAGAAUCACAAAUAAAAGCUAAAAUUUGCUGCACAUUGUUCUCCAUUUACUUAAGUGUGAAAUAAGCUGUACAGGCAAGUGUUAUGUUCUUUUUUAACAUAAUGUGCAGCUGUCACAGUUAGAAUUCUACUUAAUUCUACUUUAAUUUUACUGUGCAUCAAGAGUGAUGUGAAUAUUAUACAGAAAUGGUGAACUGGUAGAUACUGAUCAUGUCUUAGUUAUUGAUGUUACAGCACUUCUGGAAUAUUAGACAAGGAGAUGAUUUAAGUAUAUGUUGUGUGUGCAUAUCCAUCAACAGAAUUCAUUCACAUAAAUGGGCACACUUGGCUGUUCAGCAAUGGUUAUGAUUUGUAGUAAUCAUUUCAUGUUAAUUUUUUUUAUCUAUGUGCUUCUUUAGUUAUAAUCCAGUAUUUUUAAAAUUAGUAUGAAGUGUAUAUUUCAGAGGUACUUUGGUUACUGAAUGACAUCCUGAUAAUCAUGAGAGAUACAAUCUUUGUGUGUAUUUUGAAUUGAUUCAUUGUGUAGUAGCUUAGGGUUAUAAUUUUACAUACAUUGGACUGCUGUUUGGGAGGAUGCAUGAUUUUCCUGUUUCGUUUUGAGCAUCCUUGAACAAAGUCUAUCAUCUUCUCACUAGUCAUUGGCAAAGAAUGUGUCAUAUGCUCAGGCACUGGACCGUACAAAUUUUAAAAGUUGCAGCACUGCACUUUAUGGGCACAUGGAUUUUCUCAUGCCCUACAUAAGAGAGACAUGCACUUAGAAUAGCAAGGAGCUAUGCAAGGUAGGGGGUUUGUAUGAAUUUAGUAAUCUUGGAGGCAGACAAUAAGUGGAUGUGGAAUAAUUAAAUAUUUAGUCCCCCCCCCCUUUCCCUCCACAUCACCCUUAAUCUCUGCAAACUUGUUGGAUUAAAUGUCUAAUGGGAAAAAGUAGGAUAUUCUUAAGUUUUUUCCUUGUUAGUCCCUGCUUUCUGUUCACAUCAGAAUUUCCUCUGCUGGAUGCAUACAGUAAAAUUAUGUUUACAUUUUUGACAUUCAUCCCCAUUUAUUUUGGGUUGUAAUUAUAUUUUGAAAUAUUUGUUUUGUGUUAAUGGUGAAUAAAUAGAGGUAUUAAAAAAAUAAAGGUUGUGAAAAUGCUGUUCCGGCAUAUCUUGGAUAAACCAGUAUGGUUUUGAUAACCUUUUUCUAAAGUAAGUGCAAAAGGUAUGCCAUAAAAUUCUGAUUUUCACUGUAAUCCAUAUCUCAAACAAGUGUUCAUUAAAAUAAUUACCUAAGUCAUAACAAAGCAAACACAAACCUUCAAACUGAGGGGUCAUUUGGGUGCUAUAUAGUCAGCUAUGCUUUAAUGGAGCUUGGAUCUCCUGAAGCUAGUUUUGCCAUAGCAUCCUUCUGACCUACCAACUAGUUUUCACAAUUAGUUAACAGUAUACAAACUGGCUGUGACACCUUCUGUUAUAUGUAUAAAAAAUGUAAAAGUCCAAUCACCCCACAGGAUUCUAAUUGGUGUUAGCAAUUUGCUAUAGCAGUGUUGAUUCCUAGAUGUGAAUUGUUCUGACUGUUAUUGCCAAGUUGGAAAAUUCACUUUAUUGCUAAAUGAAGGGUAUAUUGAUGGGCUAGAAAGCCUGUCCUUGGAAAAUGGUUGCUCCCAGGUUGUCCUAAUUCAGAUCCAACUGAGUUAUAUUUUGUGGCAAUUUAAAAUUUAUCACCAGUUAUUAUGACUUUUACUUAUGGACUAGGUGACUCAAUUUUGGGGGGACCAUUAACAACCCUGAAUAUACUGCACCAUCAUUGUUACACUAAUAUGAAAAUAUGAUUGUUGAUUAUUGUAGAUUGGGAAAUUAUUUUAUUGUAAAGAUUUUCAUACAUAUGUCUUGUUUGAGAAUUGUUGUCAGAAUAAGUGAAAAGGCAAAGUUUACUAAUACAAAGAAUUCUUGUCAUUGAUGAUUGUAUAUACAUAAUGAUGGAGUAGUAUUUUACAUUACAAUAUACAUACAAAUGCACACAAAAUAAUGGCAGUUGUUUGGUUACAACUAUUAGGUUAGAAAAAAUGGAACACUUUCCUUUUGUGUGUGAAAGUACAUUUUGUCUUCUUAUAUUUUCAAAUAAUUGAUAUUGUGUAAAUACAUAACCUACUGUAUUGUUCUUGACUGUUGGAGAUUGACAUAAAAUAAAUGGACCUCCUCCUGAAA